AUGGCGGCCAACCCUGGCACGAUUUUUACGUUCAGUUCCUCAACACCGCAGAACCCCGAGCAACGUCUCCUACAGUUGGAGAGCUUUUGUCGACAAGCUCAAGCCACCAUCGAACAACUACAAAAGGAGAACCUGUACCUGAAGCAAGUCUUGGUGCGCGACGAAAAGGCCAAGUUGGAAGCCCCGGCCAAGUGUGGCGGCGACCGCGACAAACUUUCCGGAUUCUUCUGCAACUGCGUGCCUAUUUCGCCAACUACCCCGAACGUUUCACAACUGAGGGAAAUAAGUAGCGACUUCACCCGUAAGAUCUGCGACAGCUUUCAGGUUUUUGCCGACGAACUCGGCAAGGUCUUUGGCGAUCCUAACGCUCAGCAGCAUGCUCAAGACCGUUUGACACGCCUUGAACAGACCAAAUCUGCUGCCGCAUAUGCCGCUCAAUUUCGCCAGUACUCACUCCGUUCUGGCAUCAACGAUGAGGGUCUUUUGCAGCUGUUCUAUCAAAGCCUGAAGAAAGACGUUAAGGAUCGGCUGUGUGCCGAAGAUCGCUCUACAACGCUGGACGAAUACACUACCAUGACCAUCCGCAUCGAUAUUCGUCUCCACGAGCGCCGACAGCAGAGGGCGCGUGACCGGCCGACUCAACGGCAGGUGUACACGAAACGCGAGACACGAUCUGUCGUACCUGGCACGCAUCCAGAACCUAUGGAUAUCGGGGUCAUGCGGCGAAGCUACAAAAACAUUACUUGUUACAACUGUGGUCAGCAGGGGCACAUCAAGCGCAACUGCAAGGUGCCUCGCAAGACGUGGAAACCGGUGCCUCUGAAUAAAAAUGCCGUCGUUGACAAAGGUAGAGCCAACGACGUUGCAGCUGCCGAGCACCACGACCACCAGGGAAACGUCUUUUAG